AUGGCGUAUCCUUCUUCUUCACUGCCACCUAAUGAGGCGUCCUUUCUCAUGAACCUCAAGAUGCAGGCUCAGCGUCAUAGUGUCCUUUCGCUAGUGUUUGCCUUGGCGCUAUCUCGCUUUGUGUACCAUCGUCGUCGUGGCCACUUGGAUCAAUUGCAUGUACAUCGUGCACUCACUCGUCAAUUAUCAGCAGACUUUGAUCCGUGCAAACACGAUGCCUCUAUGUCUUCUAGUUCAAUUGCAGCUCCAGUUGAAGAGUGGCCCAUUGUGGCGAAGGACGGUACACAGACACAAUCGCUCGUGUACUACCCCAUGCACAAGACCGAGCACAAGACACUGGUGCUGAUCAUCCCGGGUAAUCCAGGUGUUUCAUUCUAUUACUUGCCACUGAUGCAAGAUAUCUAUAAGAGCGAUAAACAACGUCAUGAAAUUCGCUGUCUGUCGCAUACUGGUCACUUUAUGCCAUGGAAAAAUAAUGGACGAGCGUUUACGUUGCAGGAGCAGCUAGAGCAUAAAGCUUUUUACUUGCAGCAACGACUGCAUGACGACCCGACACUGCAGUUCGUAAUCAUUGGCCACUCGAUCGGCAGUUAUUUCUUGCUCGACAUUGCGAGGCGAUUUCCUCAGCAGAUCGCUAAGCUAGUGUUGAUGCAACCGACAAUCAUGCACAUGGCCCUGUCUCCCCAAGGCAAGCGGAUGAUGCCUUUAUUUAACCACUACGAAAGUGUAGUGUCGCUUGUUGGUGCAGUGGAGUUUCUAGUGCCUUCGUUGCUACGUCACUGGAUUGUCCGGCGUGUUGUGGGCUCCAAAACGUCCGAAACGCUGCAAUUGGCUUCACUGUCACUUGUGAACACGUAUGUCAUGCGCAAUGUUCUUGGAAUGGCUGCUAACGAGAUGAAGGACGUUACUGAGUUGGAUAGUGAUUUGGUGGCAAAAUUUGAAGACAAGAUCUUGUUCGUCUAUUCGACGGUGGAUGAGUGGGUGCCAGCCGAAUUCAUGCAGGAGUACCAGGUCCGCUUCCCGAAUGCGCGGCAUCGCGUUGUGCCACAAGGUCAUGCCUUCAUGAUGGAGACCAAUGGUACGCGCGAUAUGGCGGCGCACAUCUUACAAUGGAUUGAUGACGUUCUCGACAGCAAGCAGGUGCGCAAGAUUGACGCAGUGGCAGCGUAG